AUGUUAGAUUCGCUUAGUAUGCUAGAACAAUUUCCUGAGCACAAAAUAGUAAAGGUUUCCAAAAGAGCUAAUAUUGAGCAUAACAUUGAGUUGUCGAAUUCUAGGAAACUGAGUGAGUUAUCUAGUAGACUAAGGAAUGAUGUUGUCGAUGGGCCAUUGGUUUCUAAUUCGAAGGUCCUCGCUGUGCCUGAUCUGGUUGCGCUAGAUCCCGAUUUAGUGCUAGAGCAGAAGAAAGAAAAUAGGAAGAAUAGGCGACUUCAGUAA